GAUGUCACCCCAAGGGGACUAUCUCCCAGUGGCAGGCCCUUCGAUAAAAUCAGGAACUUGUGCUGGCCCUGCAAUGUCAAGGGAGGGGGCUCACCCAGGGCUCCUGUAGCUCAGGGGGCAGGCCUGAGCCCUGCGUCUGACCCACGACCGUCCAGCCCCCCGACGGGGCAUCUGGUCCUGAGGGGAUCCGCACUGAUCCCCACCGAGGCAGGGGAUCUGACCAACUUGGAGCUCAGCUGGAUGUUACAGGCGUGCAAAAUGGAAGGGUUUCCCCUCGUCCCCCCUCCAUCGGAAGAGCUGGUUACUUACGAACCUGAACUAUACCAACGCCAAACACAAGACUUCUACUCCUUUAUUGGCAGUGAUGGAGACAGCCACAGUGAUGCCAGAAGGGCCACCAAUCAUGACAGCCAUCUCUCCAGUCCCCCACUGGGUGAACAAUGCUGGGCCAAGGGAAAGUCUCUGACCAUCCCUUGUUGGGCAGACACCAAGGCCCUGGAGUCUGUUGGAGGUGGGGAAGAAGUCUGGCCCCAACUGUCCACUCAAACCCAGCCUUGUUCUGCAGCAAGUGAAGGGGAGAGGGAUCAGACUCUUAGUGACUGGAACCCGGGCAAGGAGGUAACAGGCCACCAGAAAUGGAUCUUGGCUUCCAGAUCCUGCAUGCUGCAUCUGGAGACUCAAGAUCAUUACUGGGACUUCCCCACACACCACGUACACAGCGAGUUUGAGAGCUUCCCUGAGAACCACUUCACGGAGCUGCAGAGUGUGCAGGCCCCACAGCUGCAGCAGCUCUACCGUCAUAUGGAGCUGGAGCAGAUGCACAUCCUCGAUACCACCAUGCCACCGCCCCACGUCAACAUUAACCACCAGGUUCCCUACAUGUCCCGGCUGUGCCACCCUUACCAAUCCCUGUCCCCAGCCCACCAGCAGAGCUCAGAUGAUGAGGAGGGUGAGAGGCAGAGCCCCCCAUUGGAGGUGUCUGAUGGAGAAGCUGAUGGCUUGGAGCCUGGGCCUGGUCUUCUGCAUGGGGAGACAGGCAGCAAGAAGAAGAUUCGCCUGUACCAGUUCCUGCUGGACCUGCUGCGCAGCGGCGACAUGAAGGACAGCAUCUGGUGGGUGGACAAGGACAAGGGCACCUUCCAGUUCUCAUCCAAGCACAAGGAGGCGCUGGCGCACCGCUGGGGCAUCCAGAAGGGCAACCGCAAGAAGAUGACCUACCAGAAGAUGGCGCGCGCGCUGCGCAACUACGGCAAGACCGGCGAGGUGAAGAAAGUUAAGAAGAAGCUCACCUACCAGUUCAGCGGCGAGGUGCUGGGCCGCGGAAGCCUGGCCGAGCGGCGCCUCCCGCCCCACUGAUCUCCCGCAGAGCCCGCCAGGCCCCCGGCCCCCGCCGGCCAUAGCAUUAACCCCUCGCCGGGCCCGGACACAGGGAGGACAUUCCCAGGGCCAAGGCAGGACUGGGGGCCCGGCCUCGCCCUCCCACGCCUGGCCCGUCCCGCCUCGCUUCGCCUCCCACCAGGACUCUAGCCCGGCCCAAGGGCCACCUGGGCCUCGGACCCCACCCGAGGGUCAGUCCGGCUUAGUGGCCAUGGUGCUUCCUUGGGAGUCUGGCGUCUUUGUAUAUUGAUUGCUCUUUUUAAGGCUCUUCCUCUCCCCACCUCCCCCACCCAUUAGCCUCCCAAAGAGAAGUAAAAUUAUUCUCAGCUAUUCUCCCA